AUGGGGAAGUGUGUGCGUCACUCCCAGUGCUGUGACUGUUCCUCCACCACCAGUUCACCUGGCUCUGCGAAGAAGGCGCCCCUACGGGCCAACAGCCGCUACUGCAGUACCAACCAGGCACGCAGGGCUACUGCUAACAGACAGAGUCGCAUUAGGAGGAUGUGGAACGAUACAGUGCGCAGACAGACUGAGUCUUCCUUCAUAGCUGCUGAUGUCAACACCACACCUACACUCAACAGAGCUGGCCUGGGUAACCAUUUCCUGACUAACCCAGUGUUACAGACUCACCCUAGAGUCUCUCCUUAUGACAGCCUACUGGCUCAGGGCUACAGCCAGCCCUCCCCUGGCCUCUUCACCUCUACUGGGACCUUCAGAGACAUACAGAAAGGUGACGUCCUGUCCCAGAGCCAGGAGAUGGACAGUGUUUGUCUGAACGGAGGCUACAGCACCAACAGCUUCACCCUGCAGGGUCUGGGUGGGGGUGGUGGGGGGCCUCGGUCCGGGGUGGGUGGCAGCACAGACCUCCUCAGGGAGGGAGGAGGAGGGGUCGAGGAUGCCUCCCCCACCCCCCUCACCCCCCACACCGCCGUGGGUCUCGGGGUGGAGCCUCACGGAGGCGGAAUGCGGAGGAAUCUAUCGGACGCGACGGUCCUGGAGAACAUGAUCAUCUCAGAGCUGGUUCAGAGCAACUUGAGGCCGGCUGCAGCCGCGGAGCGCUACGGCAGCCUGGCACGCCCCCUGGACCGACUGACACGCCAACAGCCCUCCGCCCACGAGAGUUGGACGGUAGCUCGGGUGUCGACGCACACACAUGACCAAGAUCCGGCACACGCGCACACGCACCAGGACGGCUGGACGCACACACCUCGUCCGCUGCAGGACGUGCCGACACACACACCUCGUCCUCUGCAGGACGUGCCGACACACACACCUCGUCCGCUGCAGGACGUGCCGACACACACACCUCGUCCUCUGCAGGACGUGCCGACACACACACCUCGUCCGCUGCAGGACGUGCCGACACACACACGCCAGGAGGAGAGCAACAGGAGCCAGCUGCAGUUGGGGGGCGGGACCCUCUCCCGUAGACUCCUCCUCCAGGACAGACAGACACGCCCCCAGGAGGCGUCGCUGCAGAUGCAGACCGCACGCCCACAUUCCACGUUGUCACGGCAACAGCAGCAGGGCGGGGGGGAACGCUGUCCCGUCACCGCAGCGGGGGUGUUGAGCCGGGUGGCGUGGGGGUUCGGAGAGGGACCGUUACCGGGAUAG